AAUGUUUAAAAUCAGUUGAAACUACCGAUUCUGUUCUGAUACGCGCAGCUUUCUCCCGCGAAUCGAAGAAGUGCCUGUUUUAAUGCUCGCGCAGAAAGCCAGCAACCAGACAGCCUGUUGAAAAGAAGAGAACCAAUCUUAAGAAAAAUUAGCUGGAGUCAUUAGAAGGCGGCGGCGAGUAGUGCAAAUCAAAGAUGGUUUCUUCCAAGCAAUGCGACUUUUCCCCAUUGGUGUGUCUGAGUGACUUCGAGAGAGAGGCUCGGAACAUUCUGCCCCGUAACGCACUCAACUACUACAAGUCGGGCGCAGACGAAGAACACACCCUAGCUGACAAUGUUGCAGCAUUCAGAAGAUUGCGUCUCAUUCCGAGGGUGCUGCGUGACGUGGAGGGCGUGUCCCUUCAGGGUCAUGCUAUUCUGGGCCAAAUUGUCUCCAGUCCCAUAUGUGUGGCCCCCACUGCCAUGCAGAAAAUGGCUCAUGGACAGGGAGAACUUGCAACUGCAAGAGCAUGCGCUAAAAAAGGGACUCUGAUGGCACUGAGUACUCUGACUACAGUGGCUUUGGAGACCAUAGCAGAAGAAGUGCCCACUUUGCACAGGUGGCUGCAGCUAUAUAUCUACAAGGACCUGGAGGCCACAUUAGAUGUGGUGAGGAGGGCUGAGAAGAAUGGGUUCAGUGUGGUGGCAGUGACUGUCGACACCCCCUUCCUGGGCAAGAGGAGGGAGGACGAGAGACACAAGUUCACACUACCCUCACACCUCGC